AUGGCGUCAGAAUGGUUUAUCCCUGAAUCUGAAGGGACGUGUGUAUCAAGCUACAGUACGAGACGUUUUUUAUAUGGCUUUGAGACUUGGCCUAUUCGAGCAGCGGAACUGGGACGUCUUCAGGUGUUCGACAGUUGUUGUCUCAGAACCAUGGCUCGUGUGGUUUGGUGUCAGCGAAUCAGUAAUGAGGCAGUUAGAAAGCGCGUUUUCGGGAAAACAAGUCUUGGGAGCAAGAUCAUUCUAAGCAUCCUCAAUAGUGUCGUAAUCAUAUUCGGCCUGAUCCUGAUUGUUGUCGGGGUGAUAGUCGCAUGGGGAACUCAUCUCAUCGUGAAAAUCUUUGACGGAACUGCCCAAAUAUAUAUGCAGGCUAUUGGACAGGAAAAAGCGCACAUCGUUCAACUAGCGAUCCGGCAGUUUGGACCCAUCGCACGACCAAUCGGCUUGUUGGUGUUCUUCCUGGGUCUGAUAGUUCUUGGAAUCGCCAUAUUCGGCUGCGUCGGAGCUACGUGCAACAACAAAUUAUGUCUAAAGAUCUACGUCAUCAUACUAUCAGUAAUCGUGUUGUUCCACAUCGUGCUACUCAUCGUCCACUUUUCGUAUCCGACUCUGGUUAUGUCGCCAGUUAGAAGCGUAUUAGAAAGAUACGUGAAAGAAUAUAAAUCGAUUGAGAGUGGUGAUGCUACGAGUGUAUUCCUGUCAAUGCUGAUGAGCUCAUUGCACUGCUGUGGCGUGAACGGAAAGGAAGAUUUCAAGAAGGCAACACAAAUGUCCAAAACGGAUGAGUUUAUGGGAGUCAAAGUGGAACGUCUGGAUUUUCCUUUAAUGUGCUGCAAAUUAAACGAGAAUUUUACAAUUCCCAACGCGCAAAACUGCGUCGACCACCCGGAUGACAAGAACAGCAACACCAAAAUCGGUUGUGCAAAGGUGUUGGAGAAGUAUAUGGUUUCGAUUUUCAACAAGAUACUCUACGGAUCACUGAUACUUUUAGGAUUCAAC